GCGGUUGAGCCAGGAGCCUGGGAGGACGCGAGCAAUGCCCUCCUUGGAUUGGAGGCAAUCAUACACCUAGGAAAGCAUGAUGGCAGUUUUGGGCCACAUAAGAGGAAGGCACCCAACGGUCCAGACGUACUAUAUAUCACACGUUGGCAGUUUACCAGUGAACUCAAUUCUCUGUCCUCACAUACAUCAACCUAAAGGUCAUCGCCCCAUCUAUCUUUGCUUGAUCACUAACCAAACCCCGAAUUCCCAUCUUUCUACUCGAUCAAACUAAACUAAACCAACAGUUAUCCAAUCGACCUUCGUCCUUCAAGAUAACACCCAAGGAGAAUCAACGAGUCGCCAUGGAAGGCCAGACUGAACCAUUCCAUCUGCAAGAAGGCGAGACCGUUAACAAUGAACACACAAGCCCUCUCACCCAAAAUCCUCCCGCCGAGACAGGCGUGAAGUUCGCCAAUAGCUUUGACUCCGAGGGCUCAACCCGCGUGCCUGGCAGCGAGACCGACGCCGUCCACCCACCCAGAGUACGAACCGGUUCUCGCGACUACUCGGCCACAGAAGAGUGGGAUGCCAGCAAAGUGCCGCCCAGUCGAUUCCAAAAGCGCAAGGGUUCCAUCUACUCCACACCGCCAUCGCGAGACGGCCACGUACAGAAGAACCGCGACGCCGACGCCGAAUUCCAUCAGAAGCAUGCUAAGAAAUUUCUGGGAAAGGCAAAGGACAAGGUCGUAGGUGCUGUUGAAGGCCACAAGCGCAAGGGAAGUAAAGACUCUCAGGGGUCAGUCUGAAUUGUUUGGUGUAAUUGUGCGCGGCUCUAUGGUUCUUGUCGUUGGGAGAGUUCAGGAAAGCGCAUGUGCUGGGGCCAGAGUUCGUGUGUUCGGUGUCAUCCUGUUGGAGUGUACACAUAAGGUGAUGUUUUUUUUCUGCGACGUGUUUGUUUUAUCCCAUUGGGCCUAAUGGACACACCAAAUGGAGAGUGGGAGGACAUGAUUUUAGUAUUGUGAGGCACUGGCAUACAUCAGACGGCCACAGGGCAGCUACAGCGGCUCUGGGAUCUCAUUUUGAGUUGGAGGACUGCUCGGACCUUGGAGAUGACAGAGAGGUCUAUGCAAGAGAAUGAAGACUCACUACAUUUCUGGUUCGUUCUUCACAGGCGUUUUUGAUCGGAUAAUUCUACCGCUAUGAAAAUCGAGUCUCCAGUUCCUGUUCAUUUGGUCUCAGGAUGCCCCAUAUGCUACAACGACC